ACACACAGUAUUUGUAUUGGAAACUGAUAAACAGAUUAUUAUUUUUUUUAUUACUGACGCCAUUUCCGGAGGCACAUUUUUGUGUGUUUGUUUCACAAACGCUUUUCUUUUCUAAAAAUAAUAACACCAACACGCACUCGUUUAAGAUCCAGAAGCAUGCAUGUGUUUUAAAAUGUGAAAAAAUGAAAUCAGCAUUUGACUAAUUCAAUUUAUUUGUCUCUCUCGUCUUCCAUUGUGACCCAACUUCCGGUUUUGCUGCUGUGGACGGUCUGUGAAGGGAAAUCAAGAAAGAAAGGAAAAAAACAAAACAGCAAGAGAAAGAAAGAAAGCGAUUCAGAAUAACCGUUCAAGGGAGGUUACACACCGCAGGAAACACCAUUUACAGUGAUAUAGCAACAUUAUAUUGGUGUUUUUUGUUUAUUUAUUUAUUUUUUUUAAGAAAAGCUAGCUAGACAAGGUGUGUUUUUAAAGGCAUACCCGAACAGAGGAUGUUCCGCUAUUUACGCGACAUGGAUGAAAACCCUUAUAUGUUGGAUCCCUUUGCGACGCACAGGCAGCAGAUGAGAAGCAUGUUUGGGGCGUUCGGGUUUGACCCAUUCCUGGGGAUCACGGAUGGAAGGACUGUGAGCGCUCCGAUCCAGCCAGCCAGGAGACCCCAAAUCCAGGCUGGAGCUCUAUCACCUUUUGGAAUGAUGGGAAUGGGCGGGGGUGGCGGGUUCAUGGACAUGUUUGGGAUGAUGAGCAGCAUGAUGGAAAACAUGUACCACCUCCCCACAGCAGAUAGCAGUCAUUACCACAUCCCAACAGCAGAUGGCAGUGAGAGGAUGGCUGGCUCUCCGAACUGCCAAACCUUCUCCUCCUCGACGAUGAUCUCCUACUCCAGCAGUGGCAGCGGAGCGCCCAAAGUGUACCAGCAGACCUCCGAGAUCAGAUCGGCACCCGGGGGGAUCCGCGAGACCCGGCAGACGAUGCGAGACUCGGAGAGUGGUCUGGAGCGCAUGUCCAUCGGGCACCACAUCCGAGAGAGGGGCCACGUGAUGGAGCGAUCAAGGAACAGGAAGACUGGGGACCGAGAAGAGAGGCAGGACUUCAUUAACCUGGAGGAGAGUGAAGCAGCUGCAUUUGAUGAAGAGUGGAGGGGUGCAGCCUCGCGCUACCCCCCCCCUGGGGCCCGCUCCCUGGACUACCAGCGGGAGCGCAGUGCGGGGGGAGGGGGGCGCCUGGCCCUCACUGCCCCCCCUAGCCGGCAGGAGGAUGACAGACAGCCCUCCUCCCGCCGCUACGACUGGUGAGACGUGCAGCACACACAACCCUACGGUACACAGAAUUGAGCCCUUUCCUCCCUCCUCUGACAGUGUUGAGAGUGAAUUUGCCGAAGACUAAGCGAUCAGAUGCUGCAUUGUUGAUUGGAAACCAUUUAUCUGAUACACAAAUCAGUCUGCAGUCACCAACUCCAUUUAUUAUUGUUAUUAAUAGUACUAAAAUAUUAUUGCUUCUACUAUUACAUUUAUAUUUUGUGUGCCUUUUUUUUUUUACUGUAUUUUCAGACAGCCUUUUCAAAGAAAAGUCUAAUCUGUCUUUCUCCAGGAUUCAACGGGUCAUAUUGUCUCACUUUUGCUCAGAUUUCAUUUCUUGCUUGUUUAUUAUUCAUGUUCUGUAUGAUCUCUGUUUCUGCUCAGGUCAUUCUUUUCCAAAUUUACUAACAAUUCCAGCAUUGUGGGGAAGCAUAUAGGCAUUGGACAGGCUUUAGUGUGCAGCGCAACACUGAAAUACUUCCCCUGACUUCCGCCGCAGCCCUGGGGAGUCUUUUCAGAAGCAUUUUGCUGGAAUAGUUAGUAAGCCUGGCUAUUAACUAUCUGAGCAAAAACAGCAACAGAGAAUCAUAGAGAACAGACCAAGCCCACACAGCAUGAUAUUACAGGGAUUUUCUUAACAUAAAGACAUGAAUUUCAUGAAAGAUUUAACAGUUUUGUUAGUUUGUCUGCCACCUUGACAACCUUUUUUUUGUUGUUAAAAGUUAGGGAUUAUUUUAGUUUAAUUUUUUGCAUUGAAAUGUUUUUUCUUUUUUUUUUUUUUUUGCUGCCUAACUAUGUGUAUAUUUCUAUAUACAUACAUGUAUAUACACCGUGAGAGAGGAUGCAGAUUGGGUCUCAGUGAGCUGUCAGUCUCUCCUGCACCAGUGAGGGGGUCUGAGCACACAGGCCUUUACUCACCAGGGGAGGAAACAAGUCUGAUCCAUCACUAAGACCCAUGCUGGAUGGACUCUGUUUAGACACCAGCACACUUUGUUUAAUAUUUUGAUGAGUUGUGUUUUAAAGGGCAGAGGAGUUGUAUAGAAAUGCUUGAGAGGCAUCAGCUGCAAAGUGACUGAGUUGUGAAAGCUGAGAGUGAACCUGUACAAGGAGCUCCAGCACUGCAAGGGACUGUCUCAUUGAGAACAUAGACAUCACAGUGGACCGCAGUAAAAAUCCCUUUUAUUUUGGUUUUAUUUACACAAAUUUCUUUUGUUUAAAAAUUAUUAUACUUUUUGGCCCGCUCAUGACAUAAAAAAUAGCACAUUUGAAAUACUAUUAUCAUUACAGACCUGUGUCAACAACUGCUAACUUUUUCUGUAAAAAGAACUACAGCUCCCAUCACCCCUCGCAUCUACUGUUGCUGCAUGCUGGGCAUUGCUGUAUUUCUGCCGUAAAAUAUUUGACUGGUGGGUGACAAAAUCAUGGUUUUCUGAUACAAGCACUUCAAAUUGUAAUAUCAAAAGCAUAAAUCGCCCAGCAUACAGUAUGUUUAAUUUAGCUCUGAUCUUACACUCUACCAAUGAUUUAUUAUUAUUGUUGUUAUUAUUAUUGUUACUACUAUUAUGGCCAGCAACAAAACAUAGUUAUUAAUAUUGCAUAACAAUGAUAUGGUUAAUAUUAAUUGUUAUUGUUCUAAUAUAUUCGGUAGGUCCUUUUCUUUAUUUUCUCCUCCCAGUGAUUGAUUGAAACAGCCCUGCGUUCUCUGCUGAAAUCCUGGUUACUGAAACUCCUUGCGCCUGCACUGCGAUACUUGAUUGAGAGAUGCACUGUCCUCGUAGUUGCUUCACUGUGCUCGGAGACACGGAGUGGAGCAGACCACCAUUCGGGCUAGUGUAACUCGUGAGAGAGGGGAAGGAAUUCAUCGCUUCUUUAAGGUGUUAUGUAACCAAGAUUUGAGCUUUAGGAUCGGCUGGAAUUCUUUGAAUGAAUAAGACAUUUGAGUCUGGUUUCCUCUACAGAAGUUGUGUGGUGUUGUAAAGAACUGUGCCAUUUGUUAGCAGUUUAAGAAAAGUAGCGAAAUGUAACAUUUUGUAAAAGCAUUACUUUUUUUUUUUUUUUGGAAUGGCUAUUUUAUAAUUUGUAGAUUUCAAGUGGUCAAUUUGUAUUUUUUUGUAUAAUUUUGGGGGGGAGCAGGGUGGGUUGUUUAUUUAGGGGGGGGGCUGAGGGGAGGAGUCUUUAUUUAAUUAGAAAGUGAUGGAAUAGGGCUUAUGUUAUGAGAACCGGAAGCAGUUGGAAUUUAUUAGUCUGUGUUGAAAUAAUAAAAUAUAAUAAAAACAAACUGUAGAAAAUUCUGUGAUGCACACAAACCUUGUAAUAAAUACAAUUUGAGAA